AUGGAUUCCAGCUACAACGUCCUCGUCACUGGUGCGGCUGGCCACCUCGGCACGGCGCUCAUGCUCGCCCUUCCCGGCCUUGGCUUUAAGCCGUUUGGCAUCGACAUUCUCGCGUCGUCGACGACCACCGCCGUCGGCAGCAUCACCGACCGUGCCUUUGUCCGGAACCUACUUCAGGGGAGCCACAUCACACACAUUAUUCACGCGGCGACGCUACAUAAGCCGCACGUUGGCAGCCACACCAAGGCCGAGUUCAUCGACACGAACAUUACCGGGACCCUCGUGCUACUUGAGGAGGCCGCGGCGUUACUCCCGCAGAUUAAAAGCUUUCUGUUUCUUAGCACGACCAGCGCGUUUGGUACCGCGCUUGCCCCUGCGCCUGGCACGCCGGCCGCGUGGAUCGACGAGGAUGUGGUGCCGCAGCCCAAGAACAUUUACGGGGUAACCAAGGUGGCCGCCGAGGAAAUGUGUUUUCUCGUGCAUAAGCAGACGGGGCUACCGGUGCUCGUGCUACGUACGAGCCGCUUCUUCCCCGAAACCGACGACGACGACCUCCGCGCCGCGUUUGACGACGCCAACCUCAAGGUGCUGGAGCUGGCGUAUCGACGGGUUGAUCUGGAGGACAUUGUCAGCGCGUGUGUUUGUGGCAUGGCGCGCGCGCCCGCCCUCGGCUGGGGCCGGUACGUCGUCAGCGCGCCGCCGCCAUUCAAGCGCGACGCCGAGACGCUCGCGGCGCUGGACCGCGACCCGGCGAGCGUGCUGCGGGCGUUGGUGCCGGGCGUCGAGGCCGUCUUUCAGGCCCGCGGCUGGGAGUACCUGUCGCGCAUUGAUCGCGUGUACGACUCGUCCAAGGCGGUGCGGGAGCUCGGCUGGCGCCCCAAGUACACGUUUGCCGAGACGGUGGCCAUGCUGGCGGAGGGCAGGGAGUGGCGGAGCGAGCUGACGGUCAAGGUCGGGAAGAGGGGGUACCAUGCGGAGAACACGGGCGUGUAUACGCAACGAUGA